UUUUUAAAUAAAAAUAAAAAUAAAAUUGAUAGUUAAAAAACAAAAACAAAUUAAUUAAUGUGGUGAUUUAUUAAAAAGAUAUCAUAAAAUCAAGGAAAGUAAUCAAAUGUCCAUACGUUACCGUUACCAUGAGAAACUCAGGGGAAAAGUAAUCUCCAAAAUAGGGAACUACAAAUUACUUUCAAACCUAAUUUAACCUAAGUUUAUGCUGGUUAACCAAAAUAAACUAAAAAACCAUUAUUCCAUUAUUUCCAUUCAUACCCAACCCAAGUCUUUAGUUUAGAGUCAACUUGAGUACAUAAUAUUUCUUAGAUAACCAAACACAAGAAAUUCCACACCAUCAAGCAAACUUUGGUAGUUACAACUUCCAACCUCCAACCUCCAAAAAUACAUAAACUCCCUUACUAUAAAAUACUUUGCCAUAUAUUAGUUCCAAACCUAAGCAUAUAACCCCCAAACAAAACCAUGGCAAAAUGCUUUAAACUACCCGCCACGGAAGAUGACGCGAUAAUUCUUUUUUCGACCUCAGACUCGAACGAAGAAUUAUCCGGUUGCUCCUCCUCUUCCUCCUCCUCGCGCCACCACUCACCACCACCAUCCACAACGGUUUACAAGUUAAGUGUCAAAAACCUUUCCUACACCCUCAAACAAAAUGGGGGCCCAUUUCAUAAGCCCAAGCCCAACAUUGAGAUCCUAAAAUCAGUUUCUUUCACAGCCCAAAGUUGCCAAAUGCUAGCUAUUGUGGGCCCAAGUGGGACAGGAAAGUCCACCCUUUUAAGGGUCAUUUCAGGGAGAGUAAAAGAGAAAGAGUUUGACCCAAAUUCAAUCUCUUUAAAUGGGUACCCAAUAAAAAGCCCAGCCCAAUUAAGAGCUUUAUGUGGGUUUGUGGCCCAAGAAGAUGAUUUACUCCCUUUGUUAACUGUUAAAGAAACUUUAAUGUUUCGCGCCAAAUUUCGGUUAAGGCAGUUAACCUCAGAGGAGAGGAAAAACAGAGUUGAGAGUUUGUUGCAAGAACUUGGGUUACUCCAAGUUGCAAAUAGCUUUGUGGGUGAUGAAGAAAACAGGGGAAUUUCCGGGGGAGAGCGAAAACGUGUAUCGAUUGGUGUCGAAUUGAUCCAUGACCCUCCAAUCUUGCUCCUAGAUGAGCCAACUUCAGGGUUAGAUAGCUCCUCAGCACUUCAAGUCAUUGAAUUGCUUUCUUCAUUGAUGUCGAAAUCGACACAAAAGAGUGUUAUCUUCUCGAUACACCAACCGAGUUAUCGAAUGUUUAAGCGUAUUUCUCACUUCUUGAUCUUAUCCCAUGGGUGGGUGGCUCACAGUGGAAGCCUCGAAUCGCUUGAGGGAAGGAUCUCCCAUCUUGGUUACCAAAUUCCCUUACAAUUAAAUGCCUUAGAGUUUGCUAUGGAGAUAAUUUCCAAACUCGAAGAUAAAAAAUCGACAAUUUCACAAAUCGAGCAACCUAAUACCUCUCCUAACACAACAAUUUGGAACAAGGAUGAGAAAUUCGACUUCCACGAAUCAAGCUCAUCAACAACUGAUGAAGGAAUUAAAGGGUAUUUCUACAAUUGGGGUCUUGAAAUAAUGAUCCUUUGUUCUAGAUUUUGGAAAGUGAUUUAUAGAACAAAGCAACUAUUUCUUGCAAGAACAAUGCAAGCUCUUGUAGGAGGAUUAGGUCUAGGAAGUGUGUAUGUGAAGCUAGGAAAAAACGAAACCGGUGUUGGAGAAAGAUUAGGCCUAUUUGCAUUCAGUCUAAGCUUCCUCCUUUCGUCGACAGUUGAAGCAUUACCUAUAUACCUCCAAGAAAGAAAGGUAAUCAUGAAAGAAUCCUCAAGAAAAGCAUAUAGAAUGUCUUCUUAUAUGAUAGCCAAUACCCUAAUAUUCCUCCCAUUUUUACUUGUAAUAGCCCUUCUUUUCUCUGUUCCUGUGUAUUGGAUUGUAGGGUUAAACCCUUCAAUCCAAGCAUUCUCCUUCUUUGUUUUCGCGGUAUGGCUAAUAAUCUCCAUGGCUAGCUCAUUAGUCAUGUUCCUAAGCUCAAUAUCCCCGGACUUUAUAGCCGGAAACUCGCUCAUUUGCACCGUUCUUGGAGCAUUCUUCUUGUUCUCUGGCUACUUCAUACCAAAAGAGAUCAUACCAAAGUAUUGGAUUUUUAUGUACUAUGUUUCAUUAUAUAGGUACCCUUUGGACUCAUUGAUUGUUAACGAAUAUUGGGGUAUGAGAAAUGAUUGUUUUUCUUGGGCAAACAAUAAAAACCAUACUACUAGUAAUUGUUUGAUGAAUGGAGGUGAUGUUUUGAGGAAUAGAGGUCUUGAUAGAGAUAUUAGAUGGGAAAAUGUUGGGAUUAUGAUCGGGUUUUUCAUCGUGUAUCGCGUUAUUUGUUGGAUUAUAUUAGCACGAAGAGCUGCAACAACAAUCUUGUAGUUCAAUUUCAUGUACAAACUCAUUGAUUUUAUGUAAUGUAUUUGAAUAAUUGCAUACUUUUGUUGGUUUAA